AUGAACAAGAGGGUCACCAGACUUCAGUCCAGGCGCUCUCGCCCGAGACUACCACAAGAACCGCUGCUCAGUCCACAAGACACGCAAGAGAAAUCGACAAGGCGGCAGCUCGACGACAUCGGCCAGUCGCCUGCGAAGAAGUCUCGAUCGACUGACGCCCAACAAGCCAAAGCUGGAGGUGAAGAGUCUGAUGAGGCACCGACCCUCCAGCAUCCGAGACCGAAGCCCCCAGCCGUACCAUUUCCCCAGAAGUUCAUCGAUCCCAUCCAGCCCGUCGAGUCGAAGCACAGAAAGCCAUCUGCAACCUACACACGACGACCGCCCCCCCGUCCCACCGAGCCGUGCAAGAUCGGCUCCAAUAAUGAAGAACACGGGGACCCCAAUGACUGGGCGUUUUCGAUGCCCUCUUCAACCGGGAUUCCCUCAAGGACCUUGGGUGACGGAUCCAACAUUACUGGGGCCGAUGUACCGGCGAAAAACGUGGAACACCCCGAUUACGAGGAGGUACACCUAGCUGGAAACGGCAUCCACUUCAGCCAGUCUACUCCAGGCCGCAUUGACGACUUGGUAAAGACAAUGGGUCAGGCCCGUAAUUCUCCCGGCCCAUCAGAAGACCAGGUUCUGGGAGACGAAGAUCUCCAGAACCUCAAGACAGCUGGAUUGGAGGCACUGGUAGAAGAGUAUUUCCUCUAUCAUUUUUUCCCCACGUUUCAAUCGCCCAACCCUCUUUAUCGCAUCCCCAGAACAGGGAUGCACAGGCACCGCGUUCCCAAGAGAAAGGGUUACAAGCACCAUGCUUGCGUCCCUAAGCCGGACGUGCUCUUUGGAUACCGGAAGGGCAGCGCCUUUCCCCAGCAGGAGGACCCGGUGAAAAUAAUGUCCGGAGAGAUGUCGGCAAAUUCUGGGGGACUUCUAUACCCUUUCUUGGUCGUCGAACUCAAGGGCGAUCAAGGCAGUUGGAUGGGGGCGACGAACCAAUGCAUGGGGGGGUCCGCAACUUGCGUCAACAUGGCGGAAAACCUCAACCGUCGAUUGAAGCAGUGCACAAGCGCCGCCACUGUUGACCCAAUCGACAGCGCUGUAUUCAGCAUUGCCAUCCGCUGUGCAGAGGCGCAAUUAUUUGUCUCUUGGAGCCAGGAUGAUCAGAACUACUUCAUGGCGCAAAUCGAUCGUUUCACCCUCUAUUGUCCUAAAGAAUAUAUUAGGUUCUACAAGUAUGUACAUAAUAUUUUCGAUUGGGGCCAGGGCGAGCGGCUAGAAAGGAUUCGUGAGUCCCUUGAUCUCCUUCAGGAAGAGGAAAGGAGGAUUCAAGACAAAGAGCGGCGAGAGAAGGCUUUGACUGCAGCAAAGUUGACGUCUGAGUCGAUGCCCGAGGUAAGACGAAGCGCUCGGCUGCAGAAAAAAGCUCGCACGCUAGAUCUGAUACUCCUGCUGGGAAACGUCGUCGAUGUUGAGCUAGAGAGUGCGUGUUAA